AUGAGAUGGAACACCGGUGGUGUCAAUUAUUGUUACUUAUUAAGUAGUCAAGAUAAAUUAAACUCAUGGCUUAUUGAUCCUGCAGAAUCUGACGAAGUCAUCCCUAAUUUGACAUCAAGUGAAAGACAAUCUAUCAAGGCAAUUGUAAACACACAUCAUCAUUAUGAUCAUUCUGAUGGGAAUAUGUCCAUGAUUAAUGAGUUGAAACAAGAGGGGAAGCGUUUCGUAGUGAAGAUUGUUGCAGGUUCUAAAUCCUCCCCGGACGCGACUGAAUUGCCUGAACAUUUACAACAUUAUAAAUUGGGUAAUUUGGAUAUCACUUGCAUUAGAACCCCUUGUCAUACAGUUGAUUCUAUUUGCUAUCAUGUUAAAGAUCCAGAAACUAAUGAGCAAUGUAUCUUUACUGGUGAUACACUUUUCAUUGGAGGUUGUGGAAGGUUUUUCGAGGGGAAUGGUGUACAAAUGGAUGAAGCUCUUAAUGAAAGGAUUAUUCAUGGCGUUGGAGAACCAAAUUGGAACUUGACAAGAGUUUAUCCUGGUCAUGAAUAUACAAAGAGUAAUGUCAAAUUUAUUAGGGAAUACGUUUAUCAAGAAUUAGGUGAAAAUGAAGCGUUGGAUAAUUUAGAGAAAUAUGCUGAUAAACAUGAAAUGACUUGUGGUGAAUUCACCAUCGACGAUGAAUUAAAAUAUAACCCAUUUAUGAGAUUGGAUGAUCCAUUAGUUAGAAAAGCUGUAGGUGAUGACGAUUCAUCAUGGAAGAGAAGUAAAGUAAUGGAAACAUUAAGGAAAUUGAAAAACUCAAUGUAA